CACACACACACACACACACACACACACACACACACACACACACACACACACACACACACACACACACACACACACACACACACACACACGCACACAGGGCACAAACACACAGGGCACAUUAAUAAUUGAGGGCUUAACCCCUACAGUUGACUUUCCUUUAUUGCAAUCCUGAACCCCAUGAUGCAUUAAAUGAUGUGGAGAAUAUGAUUACUGUAUUUUAUUAUUUCAUGUAUCGGGAAAAACUAUUGUACUUUGAAAUAAUGACUUGGCAACUAAGUCGAUGAGUAAGGCUUUCUCUUAAAGAGACUUUCCAGUGUUACUGUCGCUUUAAGGAGGGGGGACAUUGCAGAUGAAUUGCCCAGUCCCCCGUGUCUUGCCCGGACAGCCCCAGAAUGUGAGUGGUGGUGGGGGGGUACGAGCAGUGAAUAAGAGGGAGCGCCAUACAGGCUGAGGCAGAAGUGUCUGGCUAUUAGCAUGCUAGUCGGGUCACACUGCCCCUCGAUCCCUUUUCUCCAAGGCUGCUUACUCGACGGGCGUUAUGCAACUGGCCUGCUGUUGGCUAGCAACACAGACCCCAUCCACAAGGCUAUGGUAGAAACAUCAACAGACAUUAGUAAGCUGUGAUAAGUUGAUCAUGGCGGGGAUAUAGAUCAUCGGAAAAUAUGUUCCCUUUCAUGACUUAAUGGAAGGCAGCGAAUAUAAGAAUUCUAUAUUUUGGUUGUAAUCAUAUUUUGCGUGAGACUUCACAUAGCCAAAGACUUGGCAGAACUCCGAGCAUCUUUUGUAGCUCAAGCUUCUGUUUCUCCAUUACUUCUUGGCGCAAAGAGGGAAAAUCGGCCCCAAAAAACAGUUGAUACUCUGGGUUGCCCACCUCCCUUCGCCAGGACCUCCUUCUCAUUACAGCGCCCGUGGCAAAACAAGAAGAAGAACACAGCUCGACACCCCACCACGGUUGAAGCAAGUGACCCGGGAUCGUAAAAAGGCGUGACACUGAAAGGUCGGUGACCCUCGCGCCGAGAUGCUGAACCUUAACUCGACCGAGAGCAACAACAGUGACUGUCUGCGCGACCCGGUGUCGCUCAACGUCGGCGGGGAGCUUUACACCACCACUUUGGACACGCUCACCCGCUGCCGCGACUCCAUGCUCGGGGCCAUGUUCAGCGGUCAGAUCGCCCCGCUGAGGGACCGGCGGGGGAACGUUUUCAUCGACCGCGACGGGAAAGUGUUCCGGCACAUUCUCAAUUAUCUGCGCUCCAGCUCCCUGGAUCUGCCCGACGUGUAUUCUGAGCUGCCGCUGUUGCGGCGCGAGGCCGACUUCUUUCAGAUACGCCCCCUGCUGGAGGAGAUCACACGCUGCGAGGCGUCUGCGCCUCUCAGCAUUCGAGGGGGGCCCCUAGGGGCCAUGCUGAUGGUGGAUGUUGACUGCAAGGUGCGUGUGCUGCACUUUAACUUACGCAGAGGGCCCGAGAACUACGAGCUCCGCACGUGCUCUGUGCGCGUCUUCACCGCAAACCUCUUUUGCACCUGGAGGGCCUUCGUGGGGAUGCUUUGCGAGCGCUUUUCUUACCGCACGUCCCAGGGGUUCAGCUCCCUGCAUCCUUCAAACCCUGGCCAAAACCGGCUGAAACUGGAAUGGGUGCCCAGGCCCGAGGAGCUGCCCCAGGACCAGUACAACAAGCAGCGUUACCGCGCACUCACCAUUUUCCUCCCGGAGGUCGAACAGGUGCCGCCUGAUGACAUCAUGGACACGCGACACAGCCAGCAGGAGAUUCGCGACAUGCAGGGUUUUGUGGAAGAACUGCUGUCGUUGUCCCUGGCCGAAGGGUUCAAGGUCGAUUUGGUGACCCCUGACCCAAAGGACAUUCUCAACUGCAACUCUCUUCGUUUGGUUAAAGGCUGAUUUGCUGCAGGAAGACUUUGAUACUACUAGAGCACACAGGCCUCUCCUUAAAGGAUCGCUAACAGUCGUCCGUUAAUCUUUUAACCCCAGAAUUUGACUAAAGGUCAUUUCUUAAUAAGGAAUGAUGACAUAAAAAAAAUAACUUUAACAGAUUUUCUCUAAAUCCUCAGUGUACCAUUCUAAACAACAAUUUAACACCAUUAUACAGUGUGCACACACACACACACACACACACACUUCCCCUUUACUUGGGAUGGGACAUGGGGUAUAUUUAGUAAGGAGGAAGCCAUAGUAAAGGAAGUGUGCAAAGGAAAAGAUUUGUUGUGCUCUAUCUCCUUCCUCUUGUUGAAAGCCUCAAGCAGGAUGGGGUGAGUUGGGCAUGCGUUCAUCAGUGUUGAAAGACUGAUGUUAGAUUAGGGUUUGGUUCUAAUGAAUGCAAACUAGUGGUGGACAUAAGUAACUCUUUAACAUGUGCUGGUAUUUAUUUUUCGUUAGAUAUUUAAUCUUUUCUUUUUGAUGCACACUAUAAAUGUAAGGUUUCUUUAUUUCU